GAAAGUGUCACGUGAGUGAGAAGAAGCUCAAACCUCAAAGCAUACCUUUGUUUAAAGUUAAGACAAAGGGAAGAUCUACAAUUGCUGUGACCCUCUUCCGACACAAGAGAGAGGAACAAAGUAUUUAGUAGCAAGUAGCAAGAUCAGUGAGCAGAAGCUUGCUUGGGCUGUUGACCGACCUUCUUUUUUAAUUGGAGAAAUUCACUUAAAGCAACUCACUUUCAUUCCUUAGAUUAUUACAAUACAAAUCCCAGAUCCAAGGGUGCUCACAGUUUAUGUGAUUUGAGACACAUUCAAUCAUACCACAUUUCAUUUAAAAUGUGAUUUAUGUGACUUUUGAAGCAAUUAAGGAAUGAAGAAGUGGACAGGAGGUGUAUUGAUCAUAGGACUUGCUUGUAUAUUACUUGUUAGCUAUAGUUUUAUCCAAAAACAACCCGAAAAGCAAUCUUCAUAUGAAUUCUUCCAUCCUAAUCAAGAACACACCAAUUUUAGUAACUCAGAGCAACCAAAAGGGGAAAAGUUACAAACUUUUGUUAAAAGGCCACGCCUAGUUAAUCUUGAUGGACUCAAUUAUCUCUUUAACUCGACUCACAUGCCUAAAGAAGAAGAAGGGAAGCCAUUGUUGGCAUGGGGGCAAAUGCGUCUUUUACUUUCUAGAUCGGAUUCUUUGCCCAUGACAGCUCAAGGGAUUAAAGAAGCAGCUGUGGCAUGGAAAGAACUACAGUCUACAAUUGAUGAAAAUAGAGCCUCUAAGUUUGUUCAUAAUAAGGAGAGGAAUUGUAGUUUUUCGGUUAUUUCAAUGAAUAAUGCUACUUCUUUCUCUAUACCUUGUGGACUUAUUGAGGAUUCUUCCAUUACUGUUAUUGCUAUACCCAAGGGGAAUCAAGAUGGAUUUCAAAUUGAAUUUGUGGGAUUGGAAGGGAAAGAGGAAGCGGAUGUGAUUUUGAGCUAUAAUGUGGUUUUAUCGGGAAAUAAUUUCACAAAGGAGCCAUUUAUUGCUCAAAAUACAUGGACUUAUGAAUUUGGAUGGGGUAAAGAGGAAAGAUGUCCUAGUCAUGGGUCUCCAAACAAUGCAAAAGUUGAUGGACUUGUAAAGUGUAAUGAACAACUUAUGGGAAGCUCAUUGGAAGAAAACUCAACUUCUAAACAGCUUAUUGUUAACAAUAAGAACAAAUCGAGUAAUGGUUCAGAUGUAAGUGGACAUGAUAAUCAUAUGGUUUCAAACUUUCCAUUUUUGGAUGGAAGUUUGUUUACUGCUACAAUUUGGGUGGGUGUGGAGGGAUUUCAUGCCACUGUAAAUGGAAGGCAUGAAACAUCUUUUGCAUAUCGAGAGAAACUCGAACCAUGGUUAGUAAGUGGGGUUAGAGUGAAAGGUGGCUUACAUAUCAUAUCCACCUUGGCUAAAGGCUUACCAGUGUCUGAAAAUCUUGACAUGGCUAUUGAUCUUGAGGAGCUCAAAGCUCCAUUGAUAUCUAAUAAAAGCAAGAGGCUUCUGUUAUUGAUUGGAGUUUUUUCUUCUGGGAAUAAUUUUGAAAGACGUAUGGCUUUGAGAAGAUCAUGGAUGAAAUAUGAAGCUGUUCGUUCUGGAGUGGUUGCUGUUCGUUUUUUCAUUGGUCUUCACAAGAACAAGGAAGUUAACUUUGAGCUAUGGAGAGAAGCUCAAGCUUAUCAAGAUGUUCAAUUGAUGCCCUUUGUUGAUUAUUACAGUCUACUAACUUUGAAAACCAUUGCAAUUUGCAUUAUGGGGACGAAAAUUUUCCCGGCAAAAUAUAUAAUGAAAACAGACGAUGAUGCUUUUGUGAGAGUGGAUGAGAUUCUUGCUAGUCUUAAAACCAAGACUUCAGAUGGCCUCUUGUAUGGUCAAGUAUCCCUUGAUUCCAAACCACAAAGAGACAAAGACAACAAAUGGUAUAUUAGCACUGAGGAAUGGCCACAUGAGUCAUACCCUCCAUGGGCACAUGGUCCGGGAUACGUGAUUUCAAGAGAUAUAGCAAAGUUUAUUGUCCGAGGCCAUCACGAAAGAAGCCUCAAGCUUUUCAAACUAGAAGAUGUUGCUAUGGGUAUUUGGAUUGAAGAGUUCAAGAAACAUGUUCGUGAAGUACAAUAUGAAAAUGAUGAACGGUUUUACAAUGCUGGGUGUGAGCCAAAUUACAUACUUGCCCAUUACCAGAAUCCAAGAAUGGUUUUGUGUUUGUGGGAGAAGAUGCAGAAAGAACACAAACCUGAUUGCUGUGAUUGAGAUUUAGAAAUUUAGAAUCACUCUUGAGUCUUGAAUGUAACAUGCUUUGUUGUUGUAAUUCAUUCUUGUGUUGUACAUUAUGCAGAAGUGGUGGUACGUUUGGCAA